GUUUUUGAUGAUACUAAAUUAGUAUCAAAUACUCAAUUAAUUGGUGGAAAUGAAAUUGUAAAAGAGAAAAUUUUACCUGAAGUAGCAAUAAAAUCCAGCAACAACAUGCAAAUUAUCGAUGAAACUAAUGAAUUGAAAGAAAUAAAAGAAAAUAAUCAUGAAAAUGAUUUAAUUAAAGAUGAUAAUGAUGAUAUUAUUAGCUCUGAUGAGGACGAACAAAAAGGGGAAAUUGAGGAGUUGGAAUUAAGGAAACGUCUUUUUUCCAAUAAGAUAAUACCAGAAAUUGUUAAUAAUAAAGAUGAACAAAAAAUAGAUUCUGAUAUUGAAAUAAAAGAAAAUAAUGAAGAAAUUUACGAAAAUAAUGAAGAGAAUGAAGGAAAUAAAGAUUCAGAAUCAAUUAAUUUAAUUAAAGAAGAAUUAAGCGCUUUAAAUGAAGAAAAUCCUUCCUCAGAAAGCAGGCUCGUAUUAAAUUAUUUUUUGUUUAUAAAAAUACUUUUUACAGUAAAAUAUCUGAACCAGAAAAUAUUCAAUCACCGAAAUCAUUAUCUAAUAAUUCUUUUGAAGAAAAUUUAA